AAAGUAAACAACAAAGUUUCCACAAGAACACAAACCUUCUCUGUCAUAUUUGCCGUUGUAGUUUAAGUUUAAACAAUGUGCAAGCUGGUCCCAAUCAUUCAUAUUCAUAUUCUUCUUCUAUACGGCUAAGCUUCCAAAGCUGCUUCAUUCAUUUUCAAUUCUCAUUCUUCUUCUGUAUUAUUAUUAGGUAACAUAUAAUUAACCCCUCCAUUUUUAUAUACUACUACUUCAUUGAUUUAAUUCACAGAAAAAUAAAUAAAGUUUUAAUCUUUUGAAACAAUGAAGAAAGAGAAACUAAACCCAUUUUUACUCUUUCCAAAUAAGCCUAAAUUUCUUCACAUUUUCAUGACCCUUAUGCUUCUUUAUUUGAUCUUCACAACCUUUGAAUUCAAAACUUUUGAGUCUGUUUCAGUGUCUUCAAUUCUUAGGAAUGAAAUCCAAAAUACCCAUCAUAGAAAAGCUUUAAACUUUGCUUCAGAUGAAGCUUUUAGUGUUCACCAAGCUUCACUACAUCGAAAACCGAUGCAAGAGUUGCAAAAAGUUUCCACCUUGAGUUUCAAUGAAGGUGAUUUGAAUGAAACUGGUUUUGAAAAAGACAAAUUUUCCGAGAUUCAAAGGGAUGUUAAGGUAGCUUGGAUUAAAGGGAAGAGAAUGUGGGAAGAAAUUCAGAGUUUGGAAUCUGAGAAUGUGACUAAGUUCAUGUUUGAGAAUCAGAAGAAUCAUUCUGAUUCGUGUCAGCAUUCGAUUUCGCUAUCUGGGUCUGAAUUAAGGAACCAGAAAGGGAUCAUGGUGAUUCCUUGUGGGUUGACUUUGUGGUCUCAUGUUACUGUUGUUGGGACGCCGCGAUUGGCUCAUUGGGAGAGUGAUCCUAAGAUAAAUGUGGUGAAAGAUGAGGAGGAAAAGGUGUUGGUGUCACAGUUUAUGAUGGAGCUUCAAGGAUUGAAGGUAGUUGAUGAGGAGGAACCACCUAAGAUAUUGCAUUUCAAUCCUAGGUUGAAAGGUGAUUAUAGUGGAAAGCCUGUGAUUGAACAGAAUACUUGUUAUAGGAUGCAAUGGGGUUCUUCACUCAGGUGUGAGGGAUGGAAGUCUAGGGCUGAUGAAGAUACUGUCGAUGGACAGGUGAAAUGUGAAAAGUGGAUUCGCGAUGAUGAUAGCCGUUCAGAAGAGUCUAAUGCAACAUGGUGGUUACCUAGAAUGAUAGGGAGAAAACACAAGAUCACUUUAGAUUGGCCAUAUCCUUUUAUAGAGGGAAGAUUAUUUGUUCUCACCUUAACAGCAGGCUUGGAAGGUUACCAUGUUAGUGUCGACGGAAAGCAUGUGACGUCUUUUCCAUAUCGCACGGGUUUUUCUCUCGAGGACGCUACUGGUCUAUCCAUAAAAGGGGACGUUGAUGUGCACUCUAUAUAUGCUGCUUCGUUACCAACAUCACAUCCAAGUUUUGCACCACAAAUGCAUCUUGAAUUGCUUCCUCAAUGGAAAGCUCCACCUAUUCUCGAUGUGAACGUGGAGCUUUUCGUUGGAAUAAUUUCUGCCGGCAACCAUUUUGCUGAACGAAUGGCUGUAAGAAAAUCGUGGAUGCAACAUAAGCUAAUCAAAUCUUCACAUGUUGUAGCUCGAUUCUUUGUUGCUUUGCAUGCAAGGAAGGAUAUAAAUUUGGACAUAAAGAAAGAAGCCGAUUAUUUUGGUGAUAUUAUUAUAGUUCCAUAUAUGGAUCAUUAUGACCUUGUUGUGGUGAAGACUGUAGCUAUCGCUGAAUAUGGGAUUCGUAACGUAGCUGCUAAGAAUAUCAUGAAAUGUGACGAUGACACGUUUGUUCGAUUGGAUUCUAUCAUCAGUGAAGUAAGAAAAGUUGGAAUUGGCAGAAGUCUCUACAUUGGCAAUAUGAAUUACCACCAUACACCCCUUCGCGAUGGUAAAUGGGCAGUCACAUAUGAGGAAUGGGCGGAAGAAGAGUAUCCUACCUAUGCUAAUGGUCCAGGUUAUAUAAUCUCAUCAGACAUUGCUAAGUUCAUUGUAUCUAACUUCGAGGAGCACAAGUUAAAAUUAUUUAAAAUGGAGGAUGUGAGCAUGGGAAUGUGGGUAGAGCAAUUCAACAACUCAACAGAAGUUGAGUAUGUGCAUAGCUAUAAGUUCUGCCAAUUUGGUUGCAUUGAAGGUUACUACACUGCACAUUACCAAUCUCCAAGACAAAUGACAUGUAUGUGGGAUAAGUUGCAAGACAAGGGAAAACCACUAUGUUGCAACAAUAGAUGACAUAAUAUUCUACAAUCAUAUAUGUUCACAGAUUUUUAUGUCUGUUUGUACAUAAGUACUUAUUACAACGUUUUUGUGGCUUCAACAUAUUCAUUCAUUGUUUA